AUGGCACGCUCCAAAGAACUUACACCUGCUAUACGUGAGCGUAUAUGCGAGCUCCAUGCUAUUGGAUGGGGCUAUAAACGUAUCCAUGGCCGCUACCCUUACAUUCCGCUUUCUACAAUCCGGUAUACUGUUACAAAGGAGAAAGAACGACGUGACGGUGUAUCGAAGCCUCGAUCUGGGCGGCCAAAAAAACUUACUGAAGCCGACAAAGACCGCCUUCUUACCGCUAUACACGGAGAUCCUAAGACUACAGCCCAGGAUCUUCUUACCGAGGUCGAUCAUAAGGUUAAAUACCGCUCAAUUCAACGUCUUUUGAACGCGGAGAAUAUGCGGAAGUGGCGAUGUAGCUGGCGGCCUUAUCUUAAGGAGGAGCACGCAUUGAAACGCCUCGAUUGGGCUUUCCGAUAUCGACACUUUACACCCGAGGAUUGGGCUCGAGUCUUUUGGUCCGAUGAAUGUACAGUUGAGCGAGGCAUUGGCGUACGCCGUGAAUGGACUUUUGUACGUCCUUGUGAUCAACCAAGAAAGGGUCAAUGUCAAGGGUUACCUUCCCGAGGAAAGCAAGUUAAGCAGAUGUUUUGGGCUGCAUUUUGUGGUGCAGCUAGGCGUACGGGGCUUAUCCCACUCUUCGGUAAUCCUGAAGCAGAGCGUCGUGGUGUUACUAGCCUUGUGAUUGAAGAAUUAUACCGUCAAAUUUUGCCUACCUUGAUAUCGAAUCAAGAUGGUAUCUUUCAGUAUGAUAAUGCUCCAACACAUACCGCGUCUGUCGUCCAAAGGGCCUUGGCUGAUAUGGAUAUUGAGGUAAUGGAAUGGCCUCCUUAUUCACCUGAUUUGAACCCAAUUGAGAAUCUCUGGGCGUUGCUGAAAGCGAAGAUAUAUGAGCUUCGUCCAGAUCUACUACAUAUGCCAAAUAACGAUGAGACGAAGGAUAUUUUAGUAGCUACUGCUCAGCAGGCAUGGAACGAAUUGGAAAUAAGGCAUUUCGAGCAUCUAUCAGAGACAAUGCCGCAUCGUGUCGAGGCUAUAAUUGAGAGCCAGGGCUGGUAUACACCUUACUAG